GCCCUGGAGCCCCAGAUCGCACCACAGUGCCUGCAGCCAGCUCCUGCACUCAGACUCCAGCCACACUCCUGCUCAGCGCCAUGGCCCCAGCCACACGUCCUCUCCUGAGUGCAGCGCUGCUGUUGCUGCUGCUGUUGGCCACCAGCCACCAAGCUACAGGGACAAUUAUGGCCAGUGAACUGCGCUGUAAGUGCCCGAAAACCAUACCAAGGAUUGCUUUGGAGGAAAUCCAGAGCUUGAAGGUGACGCCCUCAGGACCCCACUGCACCCAGACAGAAGUCAUAGCCACUCUCAAGGAUGGUAGAGAAGUUUGUCUGGAUCCUGAAGGCCCUAGGCUUCAGAAGAUCAUCCAAAAGAUCCUGAAGACAAAGACCGCCAGCUCCAGCUGAGCCAGGAAAGGAUGGAGGACCUGCCUGCAGAGCAAAGAGGAAAGGAACGACUCUGCCCGUGGCCAUCGAGAUGAGGCUUCUCCUGCUGGCUUUGAACAACUUCUGAAAGUCCAUAUUUAUUGAUUUUCCCCGAAUUCUAUGCUGAUAUUUUACAUGUAAAAUAACUAAGGGUAUAGUUGGAUCUACUUGCAAGAUGCCAUAGUAUUUGCUGUUUAUUUAAUAUGAAGUCUAAAUUUAAUCAGUCCCCAUUCUUAAUUUGAAGAUUUUCAUUUUUACAUUAAUAUUCCGAGGCAACCAUUCCCUGCUGACCAUUGUGAUGGUAGCUGGGGUAGUCAACAGGCAAAGGAAGUCAUUCCAAUGCAGGGAAUGCGUGUGCAAUCUGCUUUUGUAUCGAUAAAGGCUUAUCAGUUGUUAUUUAUUGAAAUGGUUUCACAGUGUUACAAUGAAUGAUCAACUUUGUGUUGAAGCUUAAAGAAUUGUAAUAUUUUAUAUAUUCCUUAGACAUUUUAAGUGAUUUCUGUAAGUCAUAAUGCCUAUUUAAUGCUUCUGUGUCUUAGAACUGAGAAGUUUAAAUAUUUAUUGGUAUUUUUACAAAGAAAAUAAAGUAUUUAAAAAUAA